AUGGACGGUGACCCCGCCGUCGAGCCCGAGCUCGACUCUUUCAGCCUCACCUUCCCCUUGCCAUAUCGCGUGGCUUUCAUCGUCCUCCUCGCAGUUUGGGGCUGGGGCCUCAACCUACACUACCUAUACUCGCGCGACAUUGAUGUGCCAUCCCUCAUCCGCUAUCCGGGCCGGACCUCCGCGCACCAUCCGACACACCACCUCUCCACCUACCGACUCGCAGUCCUCUUCUCCGCUGUCUUCGCCGCCUCUCUCCUCGUCUUCUGGGUCUUCACUCACCGCAAUCCAGCUCUGGUACUUGCCUGGGACUGGCUGCCACUGACUUAUAUUGUCGUGCUCAUCGCCCUCUUCAUCGUACCCCUCAAAGACCUCUCGAACUCGGGUCGCGGCCGCUUCCGCUCCACGCUGAAACGGGUGUCGAUCGGAGGCAUAGCAGAAGCCAAGGAUGGCAAGUUCGGGGACAUUCUGCUGGCAGAUGUCUUGACGAGCUACGCCAAGGUCUUUGGUGACCUGUUUGUCGCGCUCUGCAUGUUCUUUCACAGCGGCGGAUCCGCGACCGCGCGCCCGGAUCGAAAUUGUGGUGGCGGCGUCAUUGUGCCCCUAAUCAUCGCCAUUCCUUCGCUCAUACGACUGCGCCAGUGUCUGAUAGAGUACGGGCGGGUGCGGCGAGGCCGCAUGACCGAAUCGACUGGGUGGGGAGGGCAACAUCUGGCCAACGCGCUCAAGUACAGCACGGCGUUUCCUGUCGUCAUUCUCAGCGCCUUGCAACGAAAUUGGGGAGGCGCGGGGCCGACCACGUACAGGCUCUGGGUCGGGAGCUGCAUCAUCAAUUCGCUAUAUAGCUUCUACUGGGAUGUGGCGAAGGAUUGGGACCUCACUCUCUUCAGCAGCGCGAGGGAGCGCAAUGCCCCUGACCAUGCUUUCGGCCUGCGCCGGCAACUUCGCCUGGGUCCACCCGCCCUGUACUAUGGGGUGAUCGUCCUCGAUCUCAUCCUGAGAUGCACUUGGAGUCUCAAGCUCAGCCCUCACCUCGACCACAUUGCCGACUUUGAAAGCUCCAUCUUUGUUAUUGAAUUCUUGGAAGUGUUCCGUCGCUGGGUUUGGAUAUUCUUCCGGGUCGAGACCGAAUGGAUCCGCAGCAACGGGGCCGCCCCAACCAUCGGCGUGGAGCCUGGUGACAUUCUUCUCGGGGACUACUCGGGCAACAGCAGCAGGUACGAGGAUGAUGACUGA